GAAGCGAGAAAAGCAAGUCGGGCCUACGUCACAGUUCGUCAUAUUUCAGCGGCUCCUACCCCCCUUUCUGAAUUUCGCUCCACCAGCUGCUCCAUCCGUCCCGUCCGCACACCACGUGACCCACUUCUCCCACAUCCUCCAGUAGUUCAUUCUGCAUGAUGGCCGCGGAUGCUCCCUGCUGCAUCCUGCAUCCGCGCCAGCUCUCCAUCCUCCUCCUCCUCACCGUUACGCUCUCCUCCCUGCCGGUCCCGACUACAGGACUGCUCGGCGUUCGACCAGAAGACACCCAGAGCGGGGAUCUGUCCGUGCGGGACGGUGUUCUGAGAGCGACAGAGGGGACCCGCUUCCUGCUGAGGGUUUACUACUCUACAUCUCCAGUUUUUUACCAUCCCAACAGCCAGAACAUCAGCAGCAGACCUGAUGCUGCACCUGCUCCAUGGAUCGCGUUCAUUGAGGAGCCAACUGGGGCGAGUGGGGACGCAGAAGGGCGGCUUCGGUCCAAAGGAAACCCGUGUGAAGUAGAGAGUUCCCGCAGCUCUGAUAUUGAGUUGCUGGGCUCUUUUAAAUCAACUUCAAGUCAUAAUUCAGUUUUGGUUGAGCUACUCGCGAAAGACCUGCGCAGAGACGAGGCGAUCAAGUACUACUCAAUGUGCGCGUUUGAUGGAGCGAGAUGGGAACAUUUGAGCACCAAAGACUUCUGGUUGGCUGUGGUGGAGAGACCUCCAGAGGCGGAUGCUUGGCUGCAGGCGGGGGUUUCGGUGCUGCUGCUGGGGCUGUCCGCUCUCUGCAGCGGUCUGAACAUCAGCAUGCUGGCUCUGGACCCCGUGGAGCUGCGGGUCCUGCAGAACAGUGGAACUGAAAAGGAGCAGAAAUACGCACGAAAAAUCGAGUCAGUGCGUAAACACGGGAACUACAUCUUGUGCACGGUGGUCCUGGGCAACGUGCUUACCAACACGUGCUUUGUGGUGUGGAUGUGUCAGAUUUUAGGCAUGACUGCCCUCUCGACUGCCUCGUGCACUUUGGGUAUCUUCUUCAUUGGGGAGAUUUUACCUCACUCCGUGGCGUCCCGUCACAGCCUAGCCAUCGCCUCCAAGACGCUGUGCGCGACCCGCUUGUUGAUGCUGGUGUUUUUCCCCAUCGCCUAUCCAGUGUCCAAAAUUCUGGAUAUUAUGUUGCACCAAGAAAUCAGUAGCUUUUACACCAGGGAGAAACUGAUGGCCAUGCUGCGCGUCACGGACCCUUAUCAUGACCUGGUGAAAGAGGAGCUGAACAUCAUCCAGGGGGCUCUGGAGCUGAGGACCAAGACCGUAGAGGACGUGCUGACCCCGCUGUCAGACUGCUACAUGCUCUCCUCGGACGCCCUGUUGGACUUCUGCACAAUGUCCGACAUCAUGCAGAGCGGCUUCACUCGCAUUCCCGUCUAUGAGAACGAGCGGUCCAACAUCGUGGACAUCCUGUUUGUCAAAGACUUGGCUUUCGUGGAUCCAGACGACUGCACCCCCCUGAAAACAAUUACUCAGUUUUACAAGCACCCCAUGCACUGCGUCUUCAGCGACACCAAACUGGACGUGAUGCUGGAAGAAUUUAAGAGAGGUAAAUCUCACCUGGCUGUGGUGCAGAGGGUGAACAGUGAAGGUGAUGGAGACCCUUUUUAUGAAGUGAUGGGCAUCGUCACCCUGGAAGAUGUCAUUGAAGAGAUCAUCAAAUCUGAGAUUGUGGAUGAGACCGACCUGUACACUGACAAUCGGACCAAAAGACGAGUCUCCAACCAUGAAAGGAAGCAGCAGGAUUUCUCUAUAUUCAAACUGGCAGAAAAUGAGCUGAGGGUGAAGAUCUCCCCCCAGCUGCUGCUGGCCACACACCGCUUCCUGGCGACAGAGGUGGAGCCGUUCAGGUUGUGCCAUCUCUCAGAUAAGAUCUUGCUGCGUCUCAUCAAACACCCCAGCGUUGUGCAGGAACUCAAGUUUGACCCCAAGAGCAAGCAGGCUCCUCAGCACUACCUCUACCAGAGAAACAAACCUGUUGACUACUUCAUCCUGGUUCUACAGGGACGGGUGGAGGUGGAAAUAGGAAAGGAAGCUCUUCGGUUUGAAAAUGGAGCGUUUUCCUACUACGGCAUGCCAGCACUCAUCCCACCUCUGACUAUUGCUCACAGGAACAGCUCUCGAGCCAGUAGCCUGAACCAAUCAGAGUCGCUGCUGAGUGGAGGCAGUGUGGCUCAGCUGACAACAGGUGGAGCCUAUUUACCAGACUACUCAGUCCGACAACUCACAGACCUGCAGAUCAUCAAGAUCACCAAGAACCACUACCAGAAUGCUCUGACAGCCACCCGGAUGGACAGCUGCCCUCAGACUCCGGACGCCACAGAUCCCUUCUCCAAAGGGAGGCCUCCAGGUCCAGAGGCUCGCUCCAAGAGCAUCGCCCUCCCUCUCAUGAGCGCACACACUCGACUGGGGCUAGCACGCUUUGCACACCUCCACCCUCACGGCGGCCUUCACAACACCUUCCAGCUCAACGAGAGGAACCGCAUCGUUCGAAGUAAAUCUGAUGGACAGAGGAGUCCGAAUGACACCGUGUUCCUCCGUAUGGAUGAGAUCCCCAACAUCCACGAAGGUUCUGCUGACAACGACGUCCCCACAGAGCCGUCCACCUCUCCCUUCAUCAGCUCUCUGUCUCUGUCCAGUUCCGAGGAGAAUAUUGGGAAGAAGCUCUUGCGUAAACUGAGUAACAAGAAGAGGAAAAAGUCUCAAGAUGGAGAAAAGAGUUUGGAGGAGGGUUCAGAGCAACUAUCAGCAACGAGUUAGCACAGCGACAUUCAGAAUUCACCAGAUUGUCUCACAGGAGGCAUCCUAUCUGCUGUAGCCAUCGACAAAACUCAGGACCUCACUUUUCAGACCCCUUUCUGCCUGCCUUUGUUGGUCAUACAACUAAACCCUGGGUAUUUCCCGCCUUCUUCUGGACACCAGUUGACUUUAAUCCCAUUUUACCUCUUUAGGGUCAUUUUAUCCAGGUCAGUUUAACACCUUAUCACCACAUUUAAGCCAUAAUAAUUUUAAUCGUUGGGAUCAGAGACGAUUCUUAGACAGCAUCUGAGCCAGCUUUGACUUUAUACUUGACCAAACAGGGUAUUUUUCCUAUGUAAAUGUUACUAAAGGGUAGUUCCCACAUUCUGAAGAUGUUUGCACAGGGAACUGUCCUGAGGUUGCCAAAAUGGAAACACCCACUGCCAGCACAACAGAAACUACAAGGCCAAACCAAGAAAAGCCACCAGACAGGAGCACAGUUUUUACAGAAAUAAAAGAUUGUAGUUUUGAAUGAAGCCAUCAUGUGUCAAAAUGAUCAAAUGUAAUGUGAUUAUAGCCAUACAAGCCAUUUGAAACACUUUUAAAUACUCCAAUAGAUCGUAACAAUACCACGUGCAUUUAUGAAAUGCAAUAUUCUGACUAAAAAUGCAGUUUUCUUCAUUUAUACAUAUAUAUUUUUUUUUUAAACAUGCACAAUGAAAGACUUCUCUUCUCUACCCACUAUUGUUAUCAUCAAUCUGGUGAGUUGUUUGCAUCCAGUACAACACUGUUCAAAUUCCACCUCCUAUGUAUAAAAUAUCAGAGUUUUAUUUAUACACUUUAAAAAAUGAAGUGUUGAAUUUAUUUUAUGUUACCCACUAAAACUAGUUGCAUGAAUGCAAAGAGUAAUACACAUUUACAUAACAAUGUAUAUGAAUGUGUAUUACUCUUUACAUUUAAAGUGAAAGCGUGUAUUUUUAUUUUUAAUAUCUAGAAAUAUUUAUCAAAUGAAGUUGAAAAUUAAUAAAAUGAUGUCCAGUCGUUGAAAAUUACUGGCAGCUUCCUAACAUGUAACCAUAAAAAUCGUGUCUGAUGUACAUAGGGCGCGGAUCUAACGUAUUUUGGGGGGUGCCAUAUUAGACGCCAUGUUUCCUUCUGGCCAGAUCGGGGUCUUGCGCCUGUUGACGACAUCACGCUCGAUGAUCGGCUGGAUGCAGUGUUGGUUUUGGAGGGCAUCUUAGUUUUAGUCUUAGGCCCAAUCUCAAUACUCGCACUGCGCCCCGCGGUCUUCUGCAAAGUGCACUUGGAAAAAGUGCGCAGUAGGGUUCGAGUGCGUUGUACACAAGUGUGCAAAUAAUUGCAGAAUUGAGACAGGGAGCAUUGCGUCAUCAAUCGCAACGCCUGCUGGGAUGCUGGUCACUGUGAAACGUUUUUCUGAAACCUGUAUUAACAACUUUCAAACAAACAAUAAAGCAAUGAUUUGAAAUAAAUUUAACUUCAUUGCUGCUUUGUCUAAAACAUUCAGAGUAUCAGAUAAUCGUCCUAAAAUGAACUAAUUUCAUUAGAAAAUACAUAUUUUCAGAAAAAGAACUUGAGCCUUUUCUCCCGCAGCAAUGACUUGUGGGUAAUUCCCUUGACCGAGGUCCGCAUCGCUGCGGCGUGGUAAACUUCCGCACUUGAGAAUCGGGACACCCUUCGCACUCGUACCCCUGGCCUGGAACGCGCAAAUGAAGGGCGAAAGGGUGCAAGUGCGAGUAUUGAGAAUGGGCCCUAGUCUUGAGGACGAAAAUGCAUUUUAGUCUUGGUUUUAAUCAGCUAAAUCUCAAAAAGGUUUUAGUCAACAAAGAAUUUUGUUUUACAAAAUUAAACAGAGUAUUAUUCUCUAACAAAUGAAUUUAUAGGUCAGACAUACUCUGAGCUACUGCGGUGAGUUUCAUAACAAUUAUUUUAGGGCUAUGGGACACAAUCUUAGCUGGCCCAGAUUUUGUUCAGUAAAACAAUAAUCCCCAGACUGGUAUUAUUUAUUUUUUCACCUUUUUUAUAAAGUAUAAACAAUAUAUUGAUGCUGAUCUGUGCGUCAUUCUGUGGAUUUUCACAAAAGAAAUUUAUGAUUUUCUUUUAACAGAAUGGACUAUUAGGGAGCAAACAGAGUAUGCUACACAACAUUUAUAUAGAAAUAAAGAAAUGUGUUUGUUUCAUUUAUUAUUUGAGUUAUCAAACCUCCAUCUUAGUGUCUUUAAAUGUAUAAUGAUGCUCAUAAGUGGGCUUAAACUGUUAUGCUGUUGGUUUAAAAAGCAGGAAUGUGAACCGUUAUUAGGAACCAAGAAGCAGAGACAAUAAUCCUGACACACUGACUUUAAAACUUUCGUCGUAAAAGAGCUCAAAUAAAACCUGUUGAAAACCAUCAUUUCUUUAAUUUUCCUGCCCAACAGCAGGGCUUUUUCAGGAAGUACACGGAUAAGAAAUGUGUCAACAUUACGGAUAUAAAGUAGCAUUGUCGGCUGUUAAUCUUAGGUUUUGCGAGACAGGCAGAAAUUUGCAUUUUGAGAAUAGAUUUUGUCUAGUCUAGUCUCGGCUUUUUAAAGAAAACUCCUGCAUGUCUCGUCAUGUUUUAGUUACCAAAGAGCUACUUUUAUCUCGUCAGCGUCUCCUUUGCGUUAUGAAAAAAAAAGGGCCUCAACAAAAUCAAACUGACAUCGUCAUUGUUAGCGAAAACAACACUAGCUGGACGUACGACUUGUAGAAGUUACAUUACCAUGUUUGAAAACAUCAGGUAGUAAGAAACAUGAAUUUAAUAACAAAACUGCUGACGUCUUUCCAAAACCUGUGAGUGAACAGAAUCAAAAAAGAGAAGCGAAUAUUUUGGUCGAGCGGUAUUGUCGUAGUAUGAUGAUGUCGUCAGCAGGCGCAAGACCCCGAGAAGAUCCGGAAACCAUAGCGCAAGAAAACUAGCAUUAGCAUUGCACUGUCUUGCUGUAAUUAGCUGAAGGACCAUUAAAGUCGGAGGAAUCAUGAUGAGGUCAUAUGCUUUCUGCUCUACAGGUAACAUUUACCGUGAUAAAAAAAAAAACUAUCGACAGUCACGUUGAUAUGGUGUAAAACUUCCCUGACAUAUUUGUACUGCGUCCUAGCGCCAGGAAACUACACACUGCCCCUUAAGUUGCUAGGUUUAGUGGAACCAGUUGACGCAUCUUGGUUAAGUUAAUUCAGCAUUGCAUUUCUUACCCGGCCUUUCCAUCAGAUGUGUAAGCGUAAUGGAAAUAUUUUCCCCAUGGGCUCAGCAGUGCGUCUCUUUCCAGCAAAAGUGUGUCAGACGCAAAUCGGCAGCGAAGUUUUUAACACCGCCGGUUCUCAAAGAUCAGGAAAUCACAGUAGAACUGCAAAACCACGCUGGAUUUGAACAAUUCAUGCAAUAACAAGCAAGGCGAAAGAUGGCAUCACGUAUCUAAAAAGUCUGUGGUUCAUUGUCUGUCCUCUUUACCUCGGCUACAAAAUUUUAAAAGGUUAUGACGUACUUUUUUAUAUUAGUUAAGCAUGCGAAUUAUUUUUUAAAGAUUCCAGAUGUUUUACUCUACUGCUCUUUAGCCUUGUGUUGAUGUAGGCAGCAGGUUCGUCUUGGUCUCAUACUUGCUGCUGCUUGUAAUACAGAAGGAUUCCUCUAGGGGGCACAGUACAGAACUCAGACUGGAUUGAGAGCUGGUAAAAGGAUACGAACAAAACAAACAUGGCAACAAUAGAAGGACACAGCCGCUGGUUAAUUUUGGGAUCACAACAGAAGACAGACAGCAGCGGUGUUGUAGAUAGCAUGUAAGACCUCUAAUCCUGUGACGGCAUGAUAAUGGCGAGUAUGUCUCGCUCGUCUUGUCAACUCCCCCUACUGGUUACUCGCAUAUUGCAGCUUGCGAACAUGUCGCGUUAAUUUCAGAGGAAGUGCACAGGCAAUUACCCCAGCCAUGAUUAACACGUAUGCAUGAUUAAAGGUUAAAUAUGGAACAAUUUAAUAAAAAGAUAUAUUUUAGAAAAAUAAUCCUAAAUUUAUUUUGACUGGCACAACACUGGGUUUAUGUUUACAUCUACCAGCCAAUGAGGGCAGCAUUGUGGUAAAAGGUCCACUCGCCAAGGCGAGGCUGGGACUAUGUAAAAUGCAGUGGCGGCUCCAGAAAUUAUUUUCUGCAGGAGCUAGUCCUUUUAUUGAGGGUGCUAUGAAGGAAGUGGUCAUGCAUACCUAUUGUUCUCUAAAACACCUUCAACACUAGCAGAUACACAUGCGUGCACAAAACCUCAACAACACCAGAAACAAUCAUUAAUAUACAUCAUAAACAUAUGAACAUACGUUGACUUUUCCAUGAAAUCAUAAACAUAUACAGCCACACAGAAAACCAUCUAUAGUGUUGUAAGGUUAGCUAACGUUAGUGUUAGCAUUUCCAGCGGCAAAACUCUCGACUGCUGCGGUGGUUGAGGGUUGACUCUCUUCAUCCAGAUCCGUAGGGUUUUGUGGGUCUGAGAUCACUUUCAAAGAUUCAUUCGUUUCUGACUGAACCUGUGGAAAUUUGGGCAACAAAAACUGAUCCAUUUUACUGCUAGCUCUACCUUUCACUCGUUCGUAGGUGGAAAAUGAGGUCAAAGGUUAACAUCAAUUUCCUGUUUUGGUUUAAGUUUUUACUAUCUAUAUGAUAAUUUACUGAUUUUUGUUUUGUAUGUUAAUUAUCACAUCCACAUGUUAAAUUAAAAUUAAAUUGUAAAAAAAAAAAAUCUAAUAUUUACUUGGGGGUGCUGUGGGGGUGCAAUGACUAAUCCAGGGGUAGCUAUAGCACCCCCCUGGCGCCGCCACUGGUAAAAUGGCAGACUCGACAAGUCGAGCAGCUGCUUCUGAGCCCAGAAGACGUUAAAUACUGUUGUACAAUAAAUGUAUUAGUAGAAAAUAGUCCUUACCCUGUUCAAUUCAUCACUGGACAUGGUGCUGGCUCGUCACUUCACAUAUCGACAGUAUACCAACUGCAACCUCUAAACACUAGAUGUCACUAUAUUGUCUGCGUUCCAUAUUCAACCUUUAAAAGAAGAAUAUGCCAGCCCUUAUGCGAUGCUUACACGUCUGGUGGAAAGGCCUGGUUAGAGUGUAAAAGUCAUCUCUGUCUGUGUUAAAGCUGUGCAAACACCAAUCCAAAUAAGCUAGUUUGGGGAUUAGGGAUCUUUUAAUUCUUAGUCGCUACCUGCAUGUUUAUUUACGCUCCUAUAAAUGUAAAAUUACCUCCGAUUUUCCUUCAUGCAUGCUUAUGUGAAAGUUUCAUGAAAUUAAGAAGAAAGCUGGAUUUAGUUCGUCUAAAAUGAAGGUGCACAUCUGUUGAUUCAAAGCUUUUAUGGACUGUAGCAUAACGUCUGACAAUCUUCAAUUACCAGUGAAACACAGAAGAACAAGACUGAAAAUGAUAUGAUGUAUGUUAUGAAACCAGUAUGACACACAAUGACGUCAAGCCGCUGCCCUUCUCCCAACACACAGUCACACACACACACACAGGUGGUGUUUGGGGACACACGCUGAUUUAAUUCAUCCUGCCUGGUAGGGCUGUGUGAGCACCAAGCUGCACAGCUAUUCAAAAUGACACAGGACACCCGAGGGAAGGGUUCGGAAGAGAUGGCUGACUCAGAAAAAGGAUUCUGAGUCACAAGCCUCGAAGCACAACGCUUUCAGAGAACUUGCAGUUUUAUUGUUGGGAAUGUUUAAGAAAGGUAGUUUUGCUGUGUGAAUAAAAUACACAAAGAUAUUAAAGGGACAAAUGAUCUACAGAAAGAAUAUAUUAAUAAAACGAUUGAACUAUUAUUGUUUCCAUUUCUCUUUGUUAUAAUUCCUAACGUAAUUUGAAUAAACGUGACUUCUGCAUGCUUUUUAGGAAACAAUGCAAACAAAAAUACUUAUGGCUUUAAUUGUGUAAUUCAUUCA